CCAUCAUGAACGCAGAAGAACCCUUGUUGACAGGGGCUGUCGACUACGAGAACUAUGACUCCUUGAACCAGGACUUGACCCAGGGUGGCAAGUACCAGGUCUCGGUCAAGUCCGAGUUCGUGUUCAUCACCAAGUCGUCCAUCCCGUUGGUUGCAACCUUUUUCUUGCAGUAUUUGCUCUCAGUGACCUCCAUCUAUGCUGCAGGCAAACUUGGCCCCAAGGAGUUGGCAGCAGCGUCGCUAGGCGUGUGUACAUUCAAUAUCACUGGUUUGGCUGUCUACCAAGGUAUGGCCACCAGUUUGGACUCGUUGUGCUCCCAGGCGUAUGGUUCAGGCAGAAUCGAGAACGUGGGAUUGUACUUCCAGAGAUGUUCUAUGAUGAUCUUGGCCAUCACCAUUUUCCCAUUGUUUUUCAUCUGGUGGUUCUCGGGCUUCCUCUUGGGCUUUGUCAUCCCUGACGCCGAGUUGGUGGCCAUGACCCAGACAUUCUUGAGAAUCUCCAGUUUUGGAGCUCCAGGCCUCUUGUUCUUCGAAACUGGUAAGAGAUUCUUGCAAGCUCAGCACAUCUUCAACGCAGGUACCUACGUGUUGUUGGUGAUUGCUCCCUUGAACUUGACCAUCAACUGGUUGUUGGUGUGGCACCCUGUCUACGGCUUAGGAUUCAUUGGUGCUCCAAUCGCCAUUUCCAUCAUUUUCUGGCUUACCUCCAUCUUGAUGUUGUGCUACGUCCUCUUCAUCGACGGCAAGAAGUGCUGGGGAGGCUUGGACUUACAAAAGGCCUGCAGCAACUGGUCGCCCAUGUUGAAGUUGGCUAUUCCUGGUGUCAUCAUGGUCGAAGCCGAAUACUUAGCAUUCGAAGUUUUGACCAUUUUCGCUGCUUCCUUCGGUACUGAGGCCUUGGCUGCCCAGUCCAUCGCCUCGAAUGUCGGCUCGCUCACCUUCCAAUUGCCCUUCGCCAUUGCCGUGUCCAUCAGUACCAGAAUCGGCCACCACGUCGGAAAGCAAGACGUCGAGGGUGCCAAGUUGGUCACCAGACUCUCUUACAUCUUCGGAACCAUCUCUGCCUUAACCAACUUCUCGCUUGUCUUCUUCGGCAGACACGCUCUCGGCAGAUUGUUCACCUCUUCUGAAGAGGUGCUUAAGGUUUCCAACGUCAUUUUGAUCUUGCUGGCCAUCAACCAACUCUGCGACUCCUACAACGUCUUAGGAGCCGGUGUGUUGCGUGGACAGGGAAGACAAAGAAUUGGGUCCAUUUUGAACUUGAUCUCCUACUACGCCAUUGCAUUGCCCGUUGGAUACGCAUUGGCCUUCUACGGCAAGUUCGAGUUGAGGGGUUUGUGGUUCGGUUUGAUUGCUGGUGUCUUCUUCUUGGCUGUGGCCGAGUUGGUGGCUAUCGUUCGCAGUAACUGGAGACAGAUCAUGAUAGACUCUCACGGUAGACAUGACCAUUAGACAGGUGGAUAGAUGUCUGCGAAUUGGGGCAUAAAAGGGGAUCUAAUUGAUGAAAAAUGUUAGAGCCCUAUGAGUGCUCACAUACCCACUGAAAAGUGUUAGAAUCGAUACAUAACGCA